AUAAAGUGUCUGUCUGUGUGUUUGUGGCGUUUGUUCUUGUUUGAAGGUCUACGAUGUUUAGGCUAAUGAGUAUGCUGCUGUGCCUAGCCAUGAUGUACGUGGUUGUGUCAGCUCGUCCUAGGUACAUUGUCAUCCCCCUGGACGACACUGAGGUGGUGGAGGGGGGGUGGGGUCCGGUGAGGAGAGCGGAUAGAGUGGCUCGACAAGCAUGGCUUGGUGAAACCGGGGACCAGGCUCCAGAACAGGAUGGUCGAGUGGAACGUCAAGCUCAUGGACACCAUGAACACGUAGACUACGGAGCGCACACAGGACAUCACGGGGCGUUCGGCUGGUAUGCUGACUUCCCAGUCAAAACCGACCAUUAG